AUGAGGCUCAUAUUCAAAGCCCUCUGGGUGCUAGUCACCAGCGUAUCAACGGUAUUAUGUCAAAGCAACUCGAAGCUGACCUUUGAAGCAGAGGAUGCUGUCCUCUCUGGGACCACGAUUGAAAGCGCGGACUCGGGAUUCUCUGGAAAGGGAUAUGUCACUGGCUUUGAACAGCCAACCGACAAGCCAACUUUCCGAGUUGAGAGUAGCAACGCGCAGUUAGAGAAGAGAGCUUCUAUAGUCCUCAACAACGCGAGGACGAGUGAAGUACUGCUUGAAGUAGGAACUACCAUAGUUGACAUUGUACUUGUUGACUAUAUUAGUCUGACUCCCUCGCCUCCCAGACCGCCACAUAAGAUCAAUGAUGCUUUGAUCAAUCCGAGCGCAGAUGGUAACUCCAAGAAGCUCUACAGCUACUUGAAGUCGAUCUAUGGAAAGAAGAUUCUGUCUGGCCAGCACGAUCCAAAAUAUGCAGAUCUGAUCCGCACGCAAACUAGGAAGACCCCUACCAUCUUUGAGCGUGGCAGCAAAUCCGCGACAGUCGAGGACGCCAUAUCGCACCAUAAACAAGGCGGCAUAGUUGCUGCUCAAUGGCACUGGAAUGCUCCCACGGGGCUGUUCGACACGCAAGAGAACCCGUGGUGGAGUGGUUUCUACACCAAGGCGACCGAUUUUGACGUCACGGCGACACUGCAGGACACUGUGAACGCCAACUACACGCUGCUUAUCCGAGACAUCGACGCUAUCGCUGUGCAGUUGAAGAGACUCCAAGACGCUAGAAUUCCGGUGCUGUGGUGGCCUUUGCAUGAAGCAGAAGGGGAGUGGUUCUGGUGGGGAGCAAAAAGUGCUGCGCCAGCGAAACAGCUUUGGGGAGUACUGUUCGACCGGUUGACGAAGCAUCACGGACUAAACAAUCUGAUUUGGGUCUGGAACUCCAUUGUGAAAGAAUGGUACACUGGAGAUGAUACGGUAGAUAUCUUGAGUGCCGAUGUGCAUGCUGAAGGCAAUGGGCCUAUGUCAACUCAAUACAACCAAAUGGUGGAGCUUGGCCGCGAUACAAAGCUCAUCGCAGCCGCUGAAAUAGGCGGAGCUCCGUUACCUGACCUCCUGCAGACGUACCAGACCGAUUGGCUGUAUUUCGCUGUGGGGGGUGAUCAAUACAUCAACAAUGCGGAAUGGAACAGCCCUGAAGCUCUGAAACAGAUAUACAAUCAUGAAUACGUCUUAACUUUGGAUGAGAUCCAGAGAUGGCAGACUUGA